AAAUAAGCCAAGCGUUGAAUAAGCGCACGCAUGGUGAAGUCGUGACUGUAUCAAGUGAAGCGCUUUGUUUGAAGUCAAGUGCAAAACAAUAACGGAAAAAUUAUGGAUGGACAGUACUGCAAACGUACUGAAAAAUCUCUUCGUGCCGUGGACAAAGCUUCGAAAGAUCUGUGCGAAAAGUUCAGACAGCGCUGCUUGAACACGCUUGAACUUCAAAAGUACGGCAUCGAGAAGAGUUCGUUGGAGAAGAUCAUUAACAGUUUCUCAGGUCAGCUUUCGUCGCACAUAAGCGCGGAGUGCAGAUCCUGUUUCGACGACCUAAGAUUGGACGAGAAGUUCAGGAGUCUGAGCUACCUGAUCGAAGAGCAAGAAAAAUACAAAGGGACGCCUGCGUGGCGGCCAUCUGGAAAUCCAGAUGAGGACAUUCAAGACCAUUUACGGCCACUAUACCAGAGAUACCUAAAAGACCUGACUGCCAAACUGAAAGAACGUGAAGAGGAAACUAAUGCAUUAGAAGCACAAGUUGCCAAAGGGAACAAAGAGCUGGAAAGCAUCUGUGCUGAAAUUGAUGUCCUGGUGGCCAAGACUGACAAGAAACUCUUCCUCCUCCUGACUGAGACAGAAGAGGAGGAGGAUGCUGCCGACGAAGAUGCUGAUGCCAACGAAGAAGAAUGGGUUGAAGUCUGAGACAAGUAGCCAACAGAAAUAAACUAGCACUCUUUCAAGUGGA